AUGCGUCUACUCGGAGCUCGGAGUUCCCUGGUGUUUCCACUGUCCAGAUUGCUCACUUUCGGUCAGCGAUCGGCCAGUUCUCAAUCCCAUUCACAGUAUCAAGAACAAAAGCAAAAUUCAAUUUCAAUAGACCGAGCAAGCGCGACAACAAUUAAGAGCCAAGGAAAGAAGAAGACUAUGGCAGAAAUAGAUGCUGAAUUACAACGAAAGAUGUCGGGACUUUCCGGCGACGGUGGAGAGGCCGGAAUAGAAUACGAGGAUGGGAAGCCAGUGGCGAUGAAGCGAGGCGUGAGAGAUAAUAUGUUUCGUUACAUAUAA